GACUGGCGUCGAUCGGGAGGGUCGGAGAAGUGGGGAAAAAAACCCGAAAAGGGAAGGAAUAAUAAUAACGAUAAUAAUAGUAAUAGUAAUAAUAAUAAUACGGCGGCGGCGGCCCGCUUAAGUGCUCCGACACCGCAAACCGUAGUCGUCUCAUCAGUUAGUACAACCACCCGACCGCUCAGCGACGACAAUCGCGCGCGUACCGUCGUCGUACACACACGCACGCACUCAAUCGCUCGGUCGAUUUACGCACCGCGAUCGCCGUAUCCGAUACCCGUCGUCGGUCCGUAGUCACACGACGAUAAUAUACGCGCCGCGAGUGUUCAUAUAUAGAUGACAAUUUAUCAUAUGCGUAACAUUAUAAAAUAGCCAAAGGAUUAUAAUAUUUUAUUAUCACUCGUCAUAAUAAUUAUAUUACAAUAUUACAUAAGAAAAACGUCGACGACGCGUGUGCCGCGGAGUAGUAUUAUAUCAAAAAUUUAACCCAUCGCGCCGACAACACGUGCGAAUCUACGUGGUGGUAUAACAAAGCGCACAAAUACGGGUGCAGUAGUCGGAGGAGCGACGAUUUUUCCGUCCGUUUCCGACGUCACGCGAAACGUUUCGGUUACCGUCACAUUCCGUCAUCAUCGGUUCCGCCGCGGAUAUCCGCGACCGUCGCAGCGACCGCGGCAUGUCCGAGUCCCCGCGCAUCGACGUGACCGGCAACGACGACGACGACGAGUUGUGCUGCACCAACGACCGGGGACCGGCCACCGGCGCCGGUAACGGACCGAUGACGGCGGCCGCCUGCAAGACGAUGAUGAUGGCGACGGCUGCGGCGGCGGCCGCGAUGACGGCGGGCAACGGAGGUGGCGGCGGCGGCGGCGGCGGUGGCCGCGAAUCGCCGGCCGUCAAGUCGGCCGCACCGCCGUACACGUCGUUUUCCAUUUCGAGCAUACUCAGCAAGGACAAACCCGGCGGCGGCGCCGGAAAACAGCACAGGAGCGUGGGCGCCGCCGUGUCGCCGGCCACAGCGGCGGCCGCGGCAGCUGCAGCGGCCACGUUCGACGUCACCGCGCAUCUGGCAGCCGCAGCCGACCACGCCAUGUUGUCCAGACUGGGCUUGAUGAGCCACUUCGGAGCACUGGCCGCAGCGGCUUCGGGCCGGAGUCCGUUCAUGCUGUACCCGGGUGUGGGGAUCGCGGGCACCACGGCCAGCGCGUUGGACAAACACUGGUACUCCGCGUGGUCGCAACCCUUGUCGGCCGCCAUCAGUCCUACCGGCGGUUCGAGCUCGGCAAACGAAGAGAACAGCCGACCCAGCACGCCACACAGCGUGGGCGUCAACACGGGCGGCACGUCGUCGCUGGCCGGCCACAGUCCGGAUGGCUGGUCGACCGGCGAGGACGGUGGCGGUGGCCGCGGCCCCGGGUCGCCGAACCAUCAGCGACGGUUUGUAGGCAACUGCGGAGGCGGCGGCCGCUACAUGGAUCAGUCGGUGAACGCGGCCGUGUCCAUGGAUGACGACGACGACAUGGCAGACGACGGUCCUGACGACGAUGACACCGGUAAAAAGGACCACGGAGGGUGCGGGGGUGGUGGUGGAAACGGCGGUGGAAACGGCGGGGCGGGCGGCAAGCGGAAGAAGAAGACCCGUACGGUGUUCUCCCGGAGCCAAGUGUUCCAGCUCGAGUCCACGUUCGACAUCAAGCGGUACCUGUCCAGCUCGGAAAGGGCCGGGCUUGCCGCGUCCCUGCACCUGACCGAGACCCAGGUGAAGAUAUGGUUCCAGAACAGGAGGAACAAAUGGAAGCGUCAGGUGGCGGCCGAGAUCGAGGCGGCCAACAUGGCUCACGCGGCCCAGCGGCUGGUGCGCGUGCCUAUCCUGUACCACGAGUCCAGCCAGCAGUCUGCGGCCGGCCACCACCACCAUCACCACCAUCACGGCGGCAUAGCCACUUCGGUGGCCGCCGUGGGCGGAAGUGGUGGUGGAGGAGGUGGUGGUGGGGGUGGCGGUAGUGGUGGUGGCAGCGGUGCACCGACGCCGCCACACACGUCGGCGUCCACGCAGGCUUCCGCGUACCAGCCUCAGCAGCAGCCACCGCCGCCACCGCCGUCGCUGUUCUAUCACCAUCAGCCGCCGCCGCAGCACCACCACGCCGUCAGCACGUCCACCAUCACGCACACCAUGUCGACCAGCCCCAAUGCUGUGUCCAGGGCGCCACUCACCGGACUCGUCUAAUAAUAUUAUCAUCUAUUGCGUUAUCGCUGCAGUACGCGUAACUCGCCGCAGCUGUCCACAUAUUAUUAUUAACUAUAUUAUUAUGCAUCUCGCCCUCGCUCUCAGCCGUCUCCCACGUGUUCACCACCCACAUUAUACAUUGCGGGUUCGGUGUGGGGUGCGGGUGGGUGCCUCGGGAGUCACCUCACCAACCAUUUGUAAUAUUUUACCGACACGCGACGACAACACCAUUUGAAAUAAUACCAAUUAUUAUGACCUAACGCGCGUGUCCGCGGGUAAAAUAAUCUCGAACGCGUCGCGCAAAUAUCAGCUGAUUUGGGCAAAUCGUCGACGUUCUAAUGAUAAAAAAAAUGGUUGAUAAUCACCACCCGCGGUGUAUACCUUUAUUUAUUAUAUAAUAUUAUGAUGCCUCGUCCCCACGUUUGUUGUACAUUUCUAAUCGUUUCUAUACGUGUGAAUCAUCGCCAAUAUUGUAGGUAGUGCCGGUCAAGUAUACCUACACAAUAUUAUAUUAUAAUUAUUAUUAUGUUUAUCGAUUUUGAUUUCAUCGAGAUUUUAAUAAUUCAAUAAUUUAAAUACUCACAUCGUAUUUCACUGCGCAGAGAGAAGAUAAAUCCGAUCGUCCAAAAAUAGAGUUCGGAAAUGAUGGAGUACAACAGAAACCAGACGGGUCCACAACAAGUUUUUUGCCUAUGCUAAAAAAAAUACGAAAAUUUGAUUUAUCUCCCCCAGUCUUUCUGCACAGUUUCGAGCGAUUCGCGUACACUUUGCGUUCGGAUCAAUUACUAUAUUAAUACGAUUUUCGUUCAUAUUAAUAAUUCAUGAUAAUAUUGUUGUAUUGUGUUGUAUAGAGGAGUCGACUACUGUCGUACUCGUAGGACCGUCUCGAUAUGAUAUUAAGUUAUGAUGUAAUCAUUCGUCACGACGCAAUAAUAAUAAUAAUUGUUAAUCGUUAAUAUUAUCGUUAUCGUCACGAUAUUAAUUUUAGUCGUUUCAAAUAAAGUU